AUGAUUUUAAAGUCAAAUAUUGCAUUCGAAGAUAAGUCUUCAAAUGUGUCAAUAACUAAGAUUUAAGAUCAUUUAGGAAGUACUCAUAAAAUUUGCUUUCCUACAUAUAAUAUAUAUGAAAAAGAAGAUGAUCAAUCUUAAAGUAGAAAUAAUAAAAAAAUUUUAUUCAAUCACAAUGACCACUCUGAUUUAGAGCAAACAAAAUAUAAAAAGCAGGAUUCUAUUAAUUAUGAUUAAGAUUUUUAUCUCUCUUAGAAAAGCUUUAAAGACCAAUAAUUUAAUUUUGCAGAAAAAUAGUAUUCUGAGCUUAUAAAUUUUAAGGAUGCAACUUUCUCGAAUGAUAAAAACUAUUAAGAUUAAAAAACUUUAAUUCCAAAUGGUAGUAAUGAUGUUAGCAUAGAACCUACAGAGUAGAAGCCUUUCGAUAAUGAGAAAACAGUUAGAAAAUAAAGGCAAUAGAGGCAACUUGAGUUUAUUUAGAUAUUGAGAAAUAACAUUGGAUUUUCUAAUGAUAUAUGGAGAAAAAGAGGGUUUGGUGUUUUACAAAAAUUGAUUUUUUUUAGUUAGAGACUGAUGAGUGUGAGUAUAACAAAAAAAUUUAGGAAAAUAUAAAAAAGGCAGGUUGAUAUCAUAAAUGAUAGAUCAGCGUUCUAUGAAAUUUACAGAUAUGACGACUACUUUGACAAAGAUGUAUAAAUAAUAUUAAGCACAUCAACAUUUAAUAAGAUAUUUCUUACAUAUAAAAACAGAAGCCAUCAUUGA